UAUUAAUGUGGCAACUUAAGCUUGUAUAAACUUCAUUGAUAAAUAGCACAAGAAAUGUCCAUGUCAACUCUGGUUCCCUUGUUGCACAGUUCCUCAUCAUGAUAAUUUUGAUUUCUCCUGCUUUGUUUUUCACUUGGUUCUGUACAAUGUCAUUGCAUUUGUGGAAUUCUAUCGGAAUCUGGUUUUUGAACCUGACCUAGAGGGCAUCAAAGGGAUGUUUUGGUAUCCGAUGUAUUAGUUGAUACUCCAAGGCGAGGAAAGAUUUGUUAAUUAUAACGUUGGACGAUUUAUCUUGCAUGAUCAGACAGAUGGUGGCGGUGGUUGAUAGAUCCUGUAUGAAGCUCCUGCAAAGGACGGUGAAGCUAACGCCGCUCUUCUUGACUACAUCAUCUCUGCUUCUGAAAUGGCUUACAGCAAUACUGGCUACGUUGCACGUGAACACAUCCAAAACGGAUUUGACAAUGUAAAAGGGGACAUAUCUGCUUUUGGGGUGCUUCUUUUGGAGCUGUUAACAGGAAAGAGGCCUUUCGACGGUUUUAGACCAAGGGAAGAGCAAUCACUGGUAAAUGAGUCUUGGAAAAUAUGGUGGAUCCAAACAUCAACAAAUUACUCUCCUCUAGGGCUCUCUCGGUUUCCUGAUAUUGUCUCCCUCUGUGUCCAGGCAAACAUGUCCAUUGGAACUCCAGCAACAACAACUAGCAGAUUAUACUCAGUAAUAUGGCAUCGCCAGCACUUCUAUAGUUUGUUUACUAUAUGCUGCUCGUCCUCUGAUUCAAAUCGGAGGCGCGGCUUUGGGCGUCAACCUAUUGCAAAGAAUAAGGACAAGAAGGCACACAAAGUGACAACCUCCCUUGCGGAGCAGGAUGCAGUAUUAGAAGCAAGGAAAACAUCUACUGGACAGCCGGGCUCCAUAAACAGGGCACCUGGGUUAAGCUUUCAAAGUGAUGGAAAAUCAAGCAAUAUUGCCAUGGAUCUUGAGUUUGAAGAGCGGCUGAAGGCUGUUAAAAGGUCUGCACUUGAGCAGAAAAAGAUUGAUGAAAGUAAAGAAUAUGAAUCAAUUGACUAUGAUGCGCUGGUUGAAUCAGACCGUAGUACAGUUGGACUUGGAACUAAGAUUGGAAUAGGAGGUGCAAUUGCAGUCUUCGGGUUGGUUUUUGCUCUGGAGAUUUUGUUCCCAUGGGAAGUGAGAUUCCCACUGAGGAGGCCGUGAUUGUCAACAGUAAACUCUCAGAAGAUGCGAAACAGAAUCUUCAGGCUAGGCUUGGAGAAUACAAGGCAAUGCUUAGUGCCUCUCCACAAGAUUCCAAUUCUCUUGAAGGUGCGGCAGUAACGUUAGCAGAACUAGGUGAGUUUACUCGGGCUGCCUCUUUGCUGGAGGAUUUGAUAAUG